UCCUGCAGUUGCUCCUUCGAUUUCAAAGAGGCAGGACGCGACUAUGCUGGUGCUGUGGACCCUGACGUUGGGGUCCCUGCUGGUGCUGAACGGCGGCUACGCUGUGAAGGACGGCUGCGUCGUGCAGGACUCUCUGGACUUUGAAGACCUCGCAGUUGGAUCUGUCAGGUUCAAAGCCUACGUUCCUCCGAGCGGCAGCAUCUUCAAGGUCAAGCUGACGUGCGACGGCGACUGGCACAGCGACUCGUUUAAUGUGUCCAGUAACAGCGUCACGAUGAAGAGCUUUCACGAUGACAACUUGAACUCCACGGUGAUGCCAGCACCGCCAGCUGAAGAGGGAUGGACGGACCUUGAGCUGAAAUUCAGCGACACUUACGAGCUGCUCGAUGGCCAAGGCCAGUCGUGGAUCGGCAAGGAAAUUUCUCCCAAAUGCAAGUUGAAGAAAGUAAAGGUAAGCGAUGGGAGGUUCGCCAAACACUGCCCUGAAGGGACGCUUAAGUGGGAGGUCGAGGGGGAGAAGUGUGCCUUCGUGCCUCUCCCUCACUCCGAGAAUCACCACACGCUGAAUCUCACGCUGAUGUCCAAGGACAACUUCAAGCCCGUUUUCCACCUCGGAGGCGUCGAAGUUGAGCUGGGCAUGAGGGAGGGCUCUGUGGUGGCUGCAGGGGAAGGCAAUUCCCCGCUGAAGCCACCGACGCAGAGGAUCCGCCUUGGCCUCAAAAGGCGAGGAAAGAACACUUCCUUUACGAUGACAACAGGCGAGUCUUUGCCCAGCUUCCUGUACCAGGCGGUCCUUGCAAGUGAGACCCGACAUGUGAAUGUCUGUGAAGCGAGCGACGGGAAGUUCAUACUGACAGCGACCCAGGAGGAGAAGGCAGGAGGUGCCACAGGCUCCGAAACUGCCGGAGGUGCAGGAGAUGCUGUAAGAAAGUUGACAUAAGAUUAUUUAUUCUGGGCAAUUCUCGCUGGACUGAUCGCGGCCGGGAUUCUCACGGCUCCAGUCGUGCGUCUGUGUCUGCUCCGUCGCCAUAGUGAUGAAGGGAAUGCACGGACUCCCCAGCGAGGACCACCGGCGGCAGGCCAAGCCAGGCAGCCCGACAUCGAUUCCCCUUACUUGGAGCCUCGGGUCUUGUCCCACAGGGAGUCCGAACUCUCAAAUUGCAUAUCUGAGCAUAUCUACGAAGAGGUGGAUAAAGACACCUUCUUCUCCGGACACGUGCUUUAUCCAUCUGGGAAUGGAUUCGCAUCUGAGUCUGAAUAGAGAGAUAUGAAGGGAAGAAGAUCAGGAUUAGGUAUUUGGUAAAUUGCAUUCAGGUUUAAGACCCAGUUUGAUUUUUGCCUUUCAUUUGUUUGUUUUCUAAUGAUCACGAUUGGAUGUCAAGUCAGUGGCACUCUGACA